CGAUCUCGAUCGUCGACAUGCGAGUACAACCGCAAGAGAGGCUACUAGUACUGCCUCUCAUAGCCAUGUUCAUGAUCAUGAUCCGGAAGAGUCGUGUGACAAAGAGAUUGAUCCAGCAUCAGUAGCAACUACUGCAGACGAACACGCAAAACCUGUAGGAGCCCUUGUGGUCCCGCCUUCAUGCGGCAGAAACGAUGCUCAG